GUCGCAGACGAACAAGCUUUCCAUCUGCGCUCAGCGGGAUAGAGAGAGAGAGACAGGGGGGUAGCAAGCUGCAGGCGGAGAUAAAGCAAGCGACAUAAGCGAGGCGAGAGGAUAGGGGGAAAACGAGACGGGUCCCAAAUUUGUCGCUGUGAGGAAUGGAAGAAAUGAGAUAUCGCUUCAAGAGAGGAGCAAGGGAGUGAGUGAGAGAGAGAGUGGGAGAGAGAGCAAGAGAGAGAGAGAGAAAAAACCACGUCGUGCAAAGAGUGGCAUCACAAUGUAUGGAAGGAAAACACGUGGAAGGAGAGUAUACGAAUGAAUGGAGAAGACGCGAGGGGCUUAAACAUUUCGUAAAGAACAGAGUGAGAACAAGAGAGCGAUUAAUGGGAACGAAGUUCAUGGAUGGAUAACGUUUGUGAAGCCGCAGUGCGAUCAAUCGCAAUCUCUUCGUCAACUCGGACGGGCGGAUCAAGAUUGACAACGUGACUUUGAUCGUUUUCUACGUUUACAUUACGAGCGUUCUUCUUAUUUUUUUUCUCUUCUUCCGAUUAUCAUUCCGUAAUCAAGGUCUUCGAUCUACCGCCUACUUGAGUAAACUGAAGCAUAACUUGGAGGAACUCUUCCACCCCACCCCUGCCCCCCAAAUGGGCCUUCAUUGGACGAAUCCCAGGUUCUGACACCACGUCCGACAUUGGCCACGUCGGGCAACACCAGCAGCCAAGCCAAUGACCUUCACGACAGCUCCUUCUGUAUGGUCAUGCAGGAGCUGCACAUCUCCCAGGGUCAAGUGAGUUGCACGGAGUCGCCCCCGGGAAUCAGCCUGCAGUCGUCCAGCCCAGGAACGCCCACGCAGUGCCCCGCCGCUGCCUGUGAAGUUUACGACUGCGCCCCAUCGCACAACCAUUACACCCCCGCGCUCUACCCACCCAACUUAUCGGCGGCCCCCGCCGACCCCACCGGCCACGCGAUGGCCACCUACCCGAGCCAGGGCCACCACGCGUCCUCGGCGGCUCCCUGCGCCUACCCCUCCUACCUGCAGCACCCCUCCUACGAACUGCACACCUACGGAGGCGUGCUGCGCUCAGGCAUCAAGGCGGAGGGAGACCUGGGACCAUCGGAGACGCCCACGCACAGCGGAUACCUCGGAAGCGGCGGAUACUGCGGGGGGUACCCUGCCCCGCAGCCUGCACAGUCGCUGUACCCCUACAGCGUGCAAGGAGGCAGCUACUCCCCCCUGCACUCAUCCAGCCUCUACACCGGGGGUCUGGGCUGCUCCAGCGGCGCAGCCGGAUACGGUGCAGCGCCGCAGCAGGAGGUGUCGGGCUACGCAGGCUUUGCCCCGCAGACCCAGUACCAGAGCUACUACCCCAGCGUUGGCUACAACCCGGCCUACGCGAGCGCAGGGACCUCGUCGUCAUCCUCGGCCUCCGGGGGCACCCCCUACCACGCGCAGGAGCACACGGGUGCCGUGCCCGCCAUGGGGGCAGAGCUGGGCACGCCGCCGCCGCAGCAGCUGGUGGUGGUGUCUCCGAGGGGCGGCAGCAACGAGGACGAGCGCAUGCGUCGGGGAGGGAGCGGCCGCUCGCGAGUUCGCGGGCGCAAGCAGAACCCCAGCCCCAUGCCGGACAGCAACCUGGAGCGGGUGUUCAUCUGGGACCUGGAUGAGACAAUCAUCGUCUUUCACUCGCUGCUCACAGGUUCCUUUGCAGCUCGGCACGGGAAGGAUCACGCGGCAUCGAUGGCCCUGGGGCUACGCAUGGAGGAGCUGAUCUUCAACCUGGCAGACACCCAUCUCUUCUUCAACGACCUGGAGGAGUGUGACCAGUCCCACAUAGACGACGUCUCGGCAGACGACAACGGGCAAGACCUAGGGACGUACAACUUUGCGACGGACGGGUUCUGCACGGCGAGUGGCAGCGGCGGGGGGCUCUGCGUGGCCACGGGCGUGCGCGGCGGGAGCGAGUGGAUGAGAAAGCUCGCCUUCCGCUACCGGCACAUCAAGGAGAUUUACAACACCUACAAGAACAACCUGCCAGGUCUGCUUGGGCCGGUGAAGGGCGAGUCGUGGCUGCAGCUGCUGCCCGAAAUCGAGAACCUCACCGAGUCGUGGCUCAUGCUGGCCCACAAGUGCCUGUCGCUCAUCCACUCCAGAAGUAGCAGCGAGAACGUUCUGGUGACGACAACGCAGCUCAUCCCGGCGCUGUCCAAGGUGCUGCUCUACGGCUUCGGAGAGGUGUUCCCCAUCAACAACAUCUUCAGUGCCACCAAGAUGGGAAAGGAGAGCUGCUUCGAGCGGAUUGUGUCUCACUAUGGACGGAAGGUGAUUUACGUCGUCAUCGGAGAUGGAGUGGAGGAAGAGCAAGUGGCCAAAAAGGUAGGAACGCACAACGUGCAGUCUGCAGUGAGACCUAUCCAAGCUUUACACUGGCAUCGUGGAAAUGUCACUGCGUGUGCCUCUCGUGUCAAGCAAAGAUGAAUGGCACGCUUGAAAUACGGCGUCACAUCGUGGAUACUUGCUACCAGAUUGAUAAAGGCGAUUCGAAUUUACCGAGGAUCUAAACGCGACCACGACCACGUCUCAAGGUGCCGUGGCACACGAACGAUGGCGCGCAUUCAGGGAUCGGUGUGGGUAGAGGAGUAUUAUUACUUUUUUUUAUAAAAGCCAAAGGUGGUCGCAACGCAGGGAAAGUUUACGGGGAAUGCAGUGGUGGUGGCGGCAGGAGAGAGGGAGUAGCACGAUAAGCGGGGCAGCGGUGGUUAUACCCCCCCACGCCUGUAAUCCGGCACUUUGGAGACGAUGGGUGGAUGGCAUAAAUCUCUUGAAACUCUUUCCCCGUGGGCGACGAGGAGCCAUAUCCUGGCUCGCCAGGGGAAGGCAGUACAGCAAAAAUGUGCACACCUGUUCCGUCUGUAUUGGAUAGUCUCCCCCUCGCAUGCGUAGGUUUUCUCCAGGCACUCCGGUUUACUCACACAUGUAAACGCCAGUUAAUUGGCUCAUAACACACCUUAAUAUGUAGAGGACCGCAGAGCAUGGCCAAAUUGUUUGUCACCGGCUCAUCGCGUGGCUGCCGCCUUCCCACUCGUCUGCAGUUCCUCGCGCUUGAGUCGUGCCGUCUCUACCAAAAAGAGUGAGCGAAUACUGUGCAUCGCGUUACAAGUUUCAACUAUUAUUAUUAUUACAAUGAGCAAAGACUGACUGAAGGUUUCGACAUGUUUUGGUUGCUUGGGCAGAGGGGGCUGGGUCGAGCAGUGAGUUUGAGUGAGCUGAGAAGUUCGUGCAGCACAUGCAAUGAGUAACCACUGCUUGUUUUUUUUUUCCAUGGGUCUCGA